UUGAAGACUUCUUUCAACUGGGUAUUCUUUCUUUUGUUAUCUACUAGUAAAAUUGCAAAAAAAAAGUUUGCAUCUUUUCUUCUUGUUGUUGUCGAGGGAUAUAUGUUUUAAGAAGGUGCAACCUUUGGUUAUACUUUUUUUUGCAUAUAUAUUUUUAGGCUGUGUGGAUUAAGAUUUCUGGUAAGUUUUUUCAAGAUUUUGUGUCAUAUUGUUGAAAUCAAGAAUAUUUGGUGUCUUCAAGAUUUUGGGGUUUUAGUAGGACUUGUAUAAACAAAAAAAAUAUAUAAGGUUUUUAGAGAAAAGAAAAGAGUGGAAAAAGAGGCAUGGCAGGAGGAGGGCCAGCAGCACCACCUAAACAAGAUGAUCAGCAACCACACCCUGCUAAAGAUCAGCUUCCCAAUGUCUCUUACUGCAUUACCAGUCCACCGCCUUGGCCGGAAGCGAUAUUAUUAGGUUUUCAGCAUUAUCUUGUGAUGCUUGGAACAACAGUUCUCAUUCCUACUACCCUGGUUCCUCAAAUGGGCGGAGGCCAUGAAGAAAAGGCAAAGAUGAUUCAGACACUACUCUUUGUUGCUGGUUUGAAUACAUUAACACAAACUCUUUUUGGGACACGGUUACCUGCUGUCAUUGGUGGUUCGUAUACAUUUGUGCCUACAACAAUCUCAAUCAUAUUGGCUGGUCGAUAUAGUGACAUUGUGGAUCCUCAAGAGAAAUUUGAGAGGAUUAUGAGAGGGACCCAGGGUGCUCUUAUCGUUGCUUCAACUCUUCAAAUUGUGCUUGGUUUUAGUGGCCUUUGGCGCAAUAUCACAAGGUUCAUGAGUCCAUUGUCUGCGGUCCCACUCGUUGCUCUAUCUGGAUAUGGAUUAUACGAGUUUGGUUUUCCAUUGGUUGCCAAAUGUAUCGAGAUUGGACUGCCACAGCUUGUUUUACUACUAGUAUUUUCACAGUACAUACCCCAUCUCAUGAAGGGAAAAAGCAAUGUAUUUGACCGCUUUGCCGUUAUAUUCUCUGUUGCAAUUGUGUGGAUAUAUGCCCACUUACUCACUGUUGGUGGGGCCUACAAGAACAAAUCCGAUAAAACUCAACUAAGUUGUAGAACUGAUCGUGCUGGAAUCAUAGGCGGUGCACCCUGGAUACGGGUUCCUUAUCCGUUUCAAUGGGGAGCACCAACAUUUGAUGCUGGAGAAGCUUUUGCUAUGAUGGCUGCAUCAUUUGUUUCUUUAGUUGAGUCUACUGGAGCAUUCAUUGCAGUAGCUAGGUAUGCUAGUGCAACUCCUAUGCCACCUUCUGUUCUUAGCCGUGGCAUUGGUUGGCAGGGAGUUGGUAUUCUGUUUUCGGGAAUCUUUGGGACAGGAAACGGUUCAUCUGUAUCCGUCGAAAACGCUGGUUUGCUCGGCUUAACACGUGUUGGUAGUCGACGGGUUGUACAGAUUUCUGCUGGUUUCAUGAUAUUUUUCUCUGUUCUUGGAAAAUUUGGGGCAGUUUUUGCUUCAAUCCCAGCACCUAUUGUAGCAGCAUUGUAUUGCUUGUUCUUCGCUUACGUGGGCUCAGCAGGUCUCGGGUUCCUCCAGUUUUGUAAUCUAAACAGCUUCAGAGUAAAAUUCAUUCUUGGAUUUUCGAUCUUCAUGGGGUUAUCGAUACCACAGUAUUUCAACGAGUACACUGCCCUGAGGGGUUAUGGUCCUGUACACACGAAAGCUAGAUGGUGGAAUGAUAUGGUAAAUGUACCAUUCUCUUCAGAAGCAUUUGUUGGUGGUCUGUUGGCUAUGUUUCUGGAUGUAACAUUAAGGCAGAAAGAUACUGCAACAAGGAAGGACAGAGGAAUGCAUUGGUGGGACAAGUAUAGAUCUUACAAGACAGAUUCAAGAAGCGAAGAAUUCUACUCAUUGCCCUUUAACCUCAACAAGUUUUUCCCUUCGGUUUGAUUGCAAAAAUGGGGUCAUGUUAAUUUUGAACAACGUAUUGGUAUCAGUAUUUGAUCUCUAAGCCGAAUCUUGAUCAGCUUUUGCAAGCUUCUUUCUAGACUCCUGGUAUUUAUAGUCUAGCUUACAUAAGUCUAAAUCUUUUUGGCUGCAAUCACAUUGUUGAAUCUCGUUGGUUAACAGGUGACAUUUGUUUAGUUAUGACUUAUGAACUCGGAUUUUCUGAAGUAGAGUAUGCACCACUGGUUUCUGUAAACUACUCAGGAUAUUCAACCUACAUUACAUUGCAGGCCUACCGCCUAUGUAUUUAUUUUCAACCCCUUUGUUGUUACAAGAUUCCAUGUUCCCAAAAAAUUUCUGCAGGUUUUCCACAUUCAAA